CUACCACCAUCAGCAGUUACCUCCAAAAGGCUAUUGUAGGAUGCUCAAUUCCCCUCGCUGGUUCGACGCACCAAGACCUCGCCCAUACUUUUCCACAGGAUAAGAAGGCAGAGUUGCCGGCUAGCAACUGUUUGGGUGUAGUGUACUACAUACAGUAUCUGCCGCGUCCUUUGGCAGCAACUAGUACCCUCGGCAGUACAGUCCUGGGCGCCGGCUUGUGCGUAAUAGUACCUGUUUAGUAGGCAUUUCGAAAAGGCGUCAAGACAUUGAGCAUUGCAAUGUCCGUUUCACCAGAAAAUGGGAAAUCGGGUUCCGUUCGCUCCCCGGAAGAAGUUCUGCGCCAAGCACGGAUUGCACACAGCACUCGUAUGGCUUCUAUGGCACUUAUAAAUCGUGUUUCUGACAAACACUCAACGACUCGCCAACGCCGCACAUCCCUGGUGCGACUUCAGUUCGACUCGGACCCAUUCAAAGCACUGCCAAGCGAUGGCUCCACCCUUGACUACCUGAGUCCCGGCUACGGAGAAAUGUUUGACAUAUCUGAUAACGGAAGGCAUCCUGACGGUGAAUCCAUAUCAGGCGGAGCCGCGACCAGUGCGUUCGCCAGCAAUGCCGCAACAGUCCUGUUUGAGCCCAACGAGUGCUGCGAUGCCGCCGCCGCCGCUGAAGCUGGCAUCAUCAUUGGUGAACGCCGGAGCAGCAGCAGCAGCGGUCAUGGCGACGAUGCUUGCUGGGAAGCCGAAGCCAGCUCAGCUCUCCCCGUCUACGACACACCAAGCAACAGUAUCACCACCAAAGCCCCUCCCGCGUACUCCCUCCUAGCCGCCGAUGGCUCCAAGCCCCUGCUUCCCAGCUCCUCCCUCCCAGACGCAGUCUUCUUCCCAAACGCCCCGUCAUCCACCCCUCUGCCCGCUUGGCCGGACGGCCCCCCCGCCACACACCGACCCAGCGCAGGCUGGAACCUCGGCGAAGCAACCCCAGCAGCCGCCACACCCCGAACACUCCCCAGAACCUCCGGAGAGGCAUGGCCACCAGGCGCACCAACCGCUCUUCCACACCCUCCCAGCCCAACCCUGCUGGCCUCCAGUGCAGCCCCCCGGCGCCGGAACAUGCGGCUCUCCUCCCCCUCCGGCUUGAUGCAGGGAGCGCCGCCAAGCGCGCCGCUGCCCCUCCUGCGUGUCGCCCUGACCGGAACCGCGGAUGGUCGCGAGCUCAGCCCCCCCGCGCUGCACAGCCGCAGCAGCACCCAGGGCGGGGGCGUGCCCAUGUCGCCACCGCUGAUGAUGCCACGGCCGCAAUCUCCGGCGCCGCUGCUGCAGCCCUUCGCCUCAUGCGAGCAGCCGCCGCCGCCGCCGCCGUCCAACGGCCCCCUGCCGCUGCAGCUGCCCGCAGAACCGCCGCAGCCGCUGCAGCUGCCGCAAGCCCUCUCGCCCUCCUCCUGCCCAUCCACCUCACCCCAGGCGCAUGCUGCUGCUGCUGCUGCCGCUGCCGGUUCAGCUGCUGCUGCUGCUGCUCCUCCUUUGCCCUCUCCCCGCUUCAGGGACCGUGUCUACACGGUUGCGACCGCGAAUGCGCCCGCAGCACCGCCGUCGCCAGUCCUCGCGUCCCAAGGCAGCGCCGCCGCCGCACCCGCCCCCGGCCCUCCAGGCCCCGGCUCAGGCGCUUGGCGGCUCGCUGCGCACGACCGCGAACACACUCGCUACCCCGCCCUCGCCGCCGCUGUUGCCGCCGGCAUGGCAGCCUCCGCCGCCAGCUCCGCCCCCUUGCCGGGCGUCACUGGCGCUGCUGCUGCUGCGGCGGCGGCGGCAGGCAUCAGCGGUCCGCGCACCAGCUGCUGCGGCGGCGUACCGGUACCCCCCGCGGGAGCAGCAGCAGCAGCAUGCGGGAAGGCACACCAUGCGGACGAGGCCCCCCAUGCUGCCCGUGUUACCACACCCGCACCCGUGAACGCCGGCCUCAAUGCGAGGCUGCGGGGCGCCUCCCCGGCGUCAGCUCGCAGCGCCCGCAGCGGACCUCUGCUGCGGCCCUCCUCCCGCGGCCUCAAUCCCUCCUCCACCGCCGUCUCCGGCGCAGCGGCUGCGGGCGCUGCAGCGGUGCCGCUGGGAAGCAGUCCGGGAGCGACUCCCGCUAGUCCGGUAACCGUGGUCACAGGACCCCUUGCGGCGGGAUUUCGAGGGCAGGGUGGGCUGCAGCCGCAGCAGCAUGGGGCCAAACCGCUGGGGCAGGCAGCUGCAGGUGCGCAGGCCGCCGCUGCUGCGGCGGCGGCGGCGGCGGUAGCAGAGCGGCCUGGAAGUGCAGCGAGGGUGAGGUGGGGGCCGGGCACGUGUGCAGCUAUGUAUGCUGGAGGCGGCGGCGGCGGCGGGGGCACGCGGCUGAGGGGCAGCGAUGCUGGUUACUACUGCCACAGCGCGACGGGGACGGCGGACGGGUCCGGAGCCGAGACCGCUCAGGACUCACUCGAGCAAGAGCAGGAGCAGGCACGCGAGCACGCACCCGCCCACCCUUCCGCACCUCAGCCCCAUGCCACCCUCAUGCCGCGGUCCCGGGCCGCCUCCCCAGCCCUCCUAGCAACCCCUUUCCUGUCCGCCUCCGGCCACCCCUCGGUUGUCACCGCAGCGGGGGUGGCAACCAGGGAGGCUGCGGCCGCGGGAAGGGCGCUGCCCGCGCAGCCUCUGUCUGUUGAACUUCCUGUCGGAUCGCCUUUGAAUGUGGGCUCCCCCAUGAGCAGCGUCAUCUCUGCCUCAGCACUGGGACAGCAGCAGCAACAACAUCAGCAGCAGCAGCGGCGUGGCGGCGGCGGCAACGAAUCGCCUGGGCGGCCGGUGCAAUCGGCCCGCCGACUGUUCGCAUUCGCCCUGUAAGCGUUACUCGUCGUCCAUCGCCCAUGCGUACUGCUUGGUUGAUGUACGGCAGUAAGUCCAUACCUGUAUGUAGCUGAAGGGCAAUGAAGCCGUGGCAUCCCAUCGCCACCUAGCUAGUACACUGGAGGGGAUAGGAGGAGCCGGUGGCUGCGAUAAUGAUAUCCCAGCAGCUGUUGCAUGAAGGCUUUCACAUGCUGAUGCGUGGUAUUGGGUAGCCAGGGGACCCGUUCGUGUUACCAGUUGGCUUGGGAGGAGGAGGAGGAGGAGGAGUUGGGUUGUCCUAGCGUUGCGAAUGCACUGUCCGGGUGUUUCAUCCUGUGAUCUGCAGUUGCUUGCAUGCCUUGCUCGAAGCGGGCUGCAGUGUUAUGCGCCGUCGGUUUUGCUCGCACUUUGCCGUCACAACAUUCCUGAUGUUUCGACGAUUCUGCCUGGGUCCUAGUCAUUUGUUAGGUUUGAGACUGGCGAAUGGGAGCUGCAGGAGGGUUAUUACGUUUGUUGAGGUUAGGUUGCUGCUGCUGGUGUUGCAGGGAUGAAAAAGAUGUGAUACCAACGCGAUACCGUUGUCACCGGUGAGUAGCGGUUGGGCUCGGGGCGUUGCGUCGCGUCCGGGCUGUGCAUUUGCGUGCCGGUACAGCCAUGUCCUUCUGUAUCCGGCCGCGGCGUUGCUCGACUUCAAAGCGGUGUUGGCUGUUUGAAGACGUGAGACUCGGGUUUCGGAGCAGGUCUCUCCCCAUGCGUGGCGCACGCAGGCUGCCUUUUGUGUGCUGGCAGCAGCGCACUCUCGUGCGAGAGUUUUAUUUGUUUGCACGUAUCGCGUAUCCACUUGUUUCACAGUGCCCUAAAUGUGCUGAUGGGAUGUAUGUGAGUACAUGACGACGUGCACUGCAUAUCGUAGGGAUACCUUGUAGGCCGGAUGCCGUGGCACGGCGGGCGGUUGCUGUUGUGUGUUGGGUGCAUACCCCGGCGUUGUACGGCACCAGGGUAUCAGAACCUAGAGUGAGAAGCCAUCGCAAUGGAAAUGCCGGUAACCAAGGUAAGCUUGCGGUUCACUUUGGUUCACAUUGCUGUGCGGAUGUUUUGAGGAUGUGCCGCGGCGGAAGCUGCCUGCCUUGCCUCACCGCUCCAGCUAUCUUGCGCCAGCUGUUGGGGCGUGGUGUCGUCUCAGGUGCACAUGGAAUAGCGGUGCAUGAAUAAAGGAACGUUGCGUCAAUGCGCACGAUUGUUAUAUCUCGGGUGGUGCAGGUCUUAAUGUGCGCCUUGCAAUAGGCAGGGGAACAGGAGAAUGGAAAAAAGAGCAGGAAUAAGCUGCAGGGCGCUGCACAUAUGUUUGUAGCCCUGUGUACGCGGGGAUGGUGGGACGCAAUGGGAGCACAUUCGAGGCGUGGGGGCUAAUAAAAGGAAUGCGUGUGUGGAGGCAGUUGAUAGUCACGACUUUGUGAGGAUAGGCGCGAGCGGAGAGGUGAAGGCGGCAGCGCAUGUUUCCGUACAUCCGUUUCCGUACUAGGCCGUGAAGUACGUGGUACAGUGGAGAGGGAAUGAGCGCCUGGCCUGCUUCAGAUUUCUAGUAAAUACGGGUAGGCGAUACCUUACAACUGGUAUGGUGCUGUUGUGUAAUGUUAAUGCGAUUGGUGUAGGCUGUUUUAAGCUAAAAAUACCGGUACGUGAUUGCCAUGUAUGCGCUUUAUUGGUUCGGUCCAGGCGAGGGCUUCUGGUUUGGGGAGGAGCACCAGGGAGCGCCCCAUAGCUAAUAAAUAAACUGAGCAGGAAUCGGUGUGAAGUGCGAGAUUAGGCGGUUGGCGCGCGCUAGCAAGUGCCGGCUGGCUACCAUGAACAAGCUGCUCGGUUAUCGUAAUGGAGGCAGUGUGAGGAUGCAACGGGAAUUGCAUAUGAAGCUUCAUUAAACGAGCGUACGUUUUAAAUCGUCCGUCCUUCGUCCAAGGUUUCGACAAAACAGGCAACCCGAUAACCACAGCACGGUCAUAGCUGCGGGGUAUGUAUGUCAGUGCCAGGGCAGUAGUCAAUCUAGCUAGGUUCGUUGGGGUGUGCGAAGCGGUACGCUUGGAGAUUGUACGACCUUUCGGACGAGUAAAAGACGAUUGGUCUUGCAUUUAACGCUUAGCCAGCUCACAUUUUUUGUGCAACGCUGCGUUUCCGUGCGUGCGCUCUGAGCUUACGGCGUGGUAAUUAUUCUAGCGGGCCGACUACCGGUAUCGGCGGGUUGUUUUGGGAACAGCUAUCGCCACAGUUAGUACCAGCCUGGCGUUAACAUGCUGUAACAAGCUGUGUACAGUACGUCGCCCCCUUGGAUAGAGUACUCCACUGCCUGCCGAGCUUUCAGGCUUCGUACCGUGCAUUGCAACUGAGUGCCUGCAAGCAUGCAAGCGUCGGAGGAAUACCGAGGCGCUGUGAAGGCAAAGCUUCUGUCGGAUUCCCACGUGAAUCCCGAAGAGAUGUUGUCUACGGCUCACGAGGCUUGCCUUCGAAGCGCGACCAACAGCAGCGUCGCACGACUGAAGCAAUCUAGAGUCCUACAUAAGUACCAGUCUCUAGUUCGCCUGCAGUAUGAUGAGAAUACGUUCGUACGUGUCGACGGUGAAGACGGCACCGAAAGCGAUGAAGAUGCUAAUGGGUCUCAGCUGACAGCAGACGCGGCGUCGGGGUCUAUUCCUGUGCUCACUUCAAACACAGCUUCUUACAGCAACGAAAACAACGCUUCUUCUAGGAAUGGAAACGAUGCCAGUAAUACAGCCGAUGGCGAUGGCCGGUCCACGCAUUCCGGACAAUUCGCGCCCCCUGGUACCGCGGUCGCCUCACAGUUGCUACAAGCCUCAGGCAGCAGCCAAAGCUGGCGCAAGAUCAGCAGGAUCUUAGCUGCCACCCGUCGCCGAAAGUCCGCUCCCGAUACGCAGGAGUACUACAAGGCAGCUGCGGCGGCAGCCGCCAGCGCGAGUGUAGCGCACAAUGCGGCCGCCUUGGCUGACGACGACCCAGAUGGAUCCUCCACGAACUGGAUGCAGCGUGCCGCGAGCCUCACCGCGCAACAUUCCGGUAAGGCGCACCUCGACAGGCGGCGCCUGCUGCACCUCAUCCACAACAACGCCAGCCCUGCUGCGGUGCUGGCGGCUGUUGUGGGUGAUGCUCCAGCAGCCGAGCUCUCAGCCGAGGAAGACAAUGGGGAUGCAGCGGAGGAGAGCGACGAGGACGAUGAUGCCAAUGUCAGUGAAAACCACGGCGGCGAGGACAGCGAGACACUGAUUGUGGAGGAAGCGGAGCUUGAUGCACAGCGCACCACAUACCUCCCUGCGUGUCGCCAGGGCUGCAGCGGCGGCUUACCCAUAUCCACCCAACCCAGCGCCUUCCUUACACCUGCGCCACCAUCCCUGGCAACAGUCGCAACCACCACCAUGCGUCAGACCAUGCCCAGGCGGGCGCAUUGCCGCUCCGUUGAUUUCGCCACCGCCUCCUCCUUACCCACCCCUCGUACCGGCCAACACACCGCUUCCUCAGGCGCUGACCUGGUCUACGCGGGACACGAGCACGGCGGCUGUGGUCAGGAUGCGGCAGCAGCAGCAGACCACCACCACCACCACCACCACCACCACUACCACCACGACAGCGGCAGCAGCGGCGGCACGCUUGACCCAGGUGGCCUGCCCGUUAUCAAACUCCGUCGCAACAGUGUCAGCAUGGGCUCGGCGGACCGAGGCGGACACCACCACCACCACCACCACCACCACCUCCAUGCAGCUGCUGCUGCUGGCAGUGGUGGUGGCGGUGCUGCUGCCGGAGCGCCCACAGGCACGGCGCUGAGCCGGUCCACCCGCUCGCUUUCACGUCUGGCUGUCACUCCCGGAGCGCCGCUGUCAGCCUCAGCUUCCGCACACAGCUUUGUCGUACAUUCGGGCAUGGCCGCCCAUUUGGCCGAGGGUGCUGCUGCCGACAGCGCGACGGCCAUGACGGAUGUUUUGGAGGGCUCUUCAGGUCCUCCUAUGUCGCCAUCUCCGGGAUCGCCCUUCCUUUCCGGUCCAACAGCAGGACCCCUGCGUGGCGGCAUGCAUAAGUCCGCCUCCUGCGUCGUCACGCGCAGCCGUCCUGGCACCCCAUGCGGCUGCGAGCCUCGCGGGGAGCUGGAGGCUUGCAGCGGCUCUCCUCGGCAGCACUACCUGCCCCACACGCCGCUGUCACCAGUGCUGCCCGACGGCACCACCACGACCAGCCGAGUCCUCCGCUACUGCAACAAUGGGCGCAGCAGCAGUGUGCAGGGUUACUUGAACAGCAGCGGCGGAGGCGGCGGUAAUGGAUUGUCUCAGCUGGCUCAGCGCAGCGGGAGCAUCAUUUGGGGCGGCCUGGAAAGUGGUGGCAACUCGGAUGUGGAGGGCAGCGUUGUUGGGACGCGGCAACAACAUCACCGGACGAGUGUGCCCUCGUACCUCUCUGCAAGCUCUGGUUUGGGUGCCGGCACUGCUGCUGCUGCAGGUGCAGCUGCCGCUGGCAGCGGCCCCUCUUUUACUAGGCCCGCGAUGCCGGCCGCUUUGCAGGGCCGUUCGCUGCCGAGUAUACCCCUUGCGGAGGAUGCGGCGGGUCGCGCCUCCGCAAGCCCCGCCACCGCAUCCGCCCUGCCGCAACUGUCAAGGCCCUUUUCUCCUCGCCCGCCACCGCUGCAGCCGCAGCCGCACCCACCGACACACCCACACUCGCCGGCAUUGCAGCAGCAACAACAACCGGCUGCAGCAUCCCCUCCCUCAGCGGCGCAGCAGCUCCGGCACCUGAGGUCUGGGAUGGGUCGCUCUGUUUCUGUCACCUCGCGCGUCGAGCCCUCGUGCACCGCACCGCCUGUAACCCCGCGUGAGGUCUCGUGCUUUGCUCCCGGUGCGGGAAGUGUUGCGGAUCGAGGGUUCUUAGGAGAGGGUAGCAGUGGUGGCGGCGGUGGCGGGGCCGCAGGCGGUGUGAUGGCGCGACUGUUCCGAGAACUGAAGGAUUUACGGCGGAGCGAGGAAGCGCGUGUACGAUCGCAGCUGGCAAGCCUGGCAGCAUUGAGCAGCAAGGACAGCAGGAAUUAGCGGGGUGCAAGGUUGGGUGUGUCGGUAGCUGGCGUUAAAGAGGGGGUUUAGAGCAUGACAUGUACGGGCGCUGGUCCGUACGGGCGCUGUCGUCAUGACAGGGUGUGCUGCUGCUGCUGCUGCUGCUCGGGUGCGCAUCCGUUCACGGCAGCGAGCACAGUCGUUGAUGAAGGAGAGGAGAGUUGACCUGUCAGCAGGUUGGGAGCGAGCAUCGAAGACUGGUGAGUGGUUCGUGUUGCAUUGGCUGGGUAUGUCACGGCAUCAUCGCUGGUUGGUUAGUUGGUAGGUAUGGAGGUCCUAGGCAUCUAGCAUCGGAAAACAACGCUGUUGAAUACCGGUAGAAGGAGGGGUUGGCAGACGAGCGCCAGGCAGCGCAUUGUUGUGCACUACAUACAGUGGGCAGCAGUGCUAAGCAGCGCGCGGUGCGUGCUGGCUUACAGCCGUCUCGAUGGCUUUGCAGCGUAUUCUUUAGAGCGCAUGUUUUGGGUUGCAAGGAACCGACUGUGUAAGGACAUGCAGCAUGUCUUGCUGGUAAGGUAGGGCGCCAUGCGCCCGGCAAUAACUCGGAUUUACUAGAUGACAAAGACAAAGUACCUCUGCUGGUUGGUGCCCGAUGUAUGUAUGGGCGUUGCUGACGCGGAGCCCUGACGUAUGGACAUUUGGUUGCUCUUCUGCUGCUGCAUGGGGGAUAAUAUACCUUGCCGCAGUGCAUGCAUCACUUGGGUUCAUGUUGGUUCAUCUAAAAUUUUGUCAUGGCAAAGCAUGCGUUGAUGAUGUGUUGACCAGUAGUUCGCGGCGGAGGGCCUUGCCUGUGUACUCACGAACCCGGCCUUGGCGUGGAUGCUCGUGGCCUAUGCGUGGUGAGGGCAACUCGGCCGCGUAAUUGCUGUGCCGACCGUAGCUGUUGACCAAGGAGAUAUGCACAACCCGCAUGCCUGGUGUGCGGUGCGGGCUGGUGCGCUUGCGGGCUUGCGUGCUUUACCGGUUACUGUGUGACAAUUUCGACCUAAGCCGCCAAAUGCGGACAGCCUUUUGUGGCAUGGCGUGCAUUCUGUGUAGUGGUCAACCAAAGCACUGGGGGCUGGCGGUUACUAAAAUGAUUGCAUCCUGAACUGAUCAGUUCAGAACGCAUGAUGCCAUGUACGAACGGAGUCGUCGCCGCAUUGGCGGUGUUACGGUGUAUUGCAAUUAUGGGGUUGGGUUUGGCUCCUUCGUGCUGGAGCCGCCCGCAUUCCUGGCACCUGAGACACGUUUGUAGUGACAUCUGUACGACUCCUUCCGAACCAUUACCUUGGGGGAAACUGUUGGGGGCAACCGUGCGCGGGCGCUGUGGGUGGAGGUGGGAGGUGGUUAAAAAUUUGCUGCGUCAGUUAUCCUACUACGAAACUGGUAGGCUUUGUGGGCAGUUGGUUUAGCGCUUGGUGUGGCGGUGUGACCAUGCAUCAGCGACAAUGGUUUAGGCUUAAUGAGCUCUGGUGUCGGGCUUAGGUAUUUGAUGGCAAACUUUAACUUAAUAUGGACAUGCAUGUGAUAGCAUCGCCCGUAUGGAGCUUGUCGGCUUGUCAGUAGCCCUGCCAUCCCACUACCAUAUCUAGGAAGUGAUCUCCGUUACUGGAUUUGUUGUUGGUUGUUGUUUUUUUAAUUAUUGUCGUGAUUUUAGCCCUGCUUUUUUCUUUGGCUGUGUCGCAGAUUCCUCGCGACAAGCCUGCGAAGGCUGGUGUCAAAAGUUGUAUGUGUACUGUUGAUGAUGCAGGUGAGCUUGCUGGGAGCAGCCAGGCGCAUGUAUUCAGGCCAGCAAGCUUUCCCUCUGCGGUUGUUGCAGUUGCAGUUUUAUGCAGUGUAUUUAGUUUGCAGAAUACAUGCCUUACAAGGAGGGUCUGUCAUGCUCCAAUGGUGAAACAUGCCAAAUCAUGACAUGG